AUGUCGAUACCAACCCAGUCUAGGAGUUCACAAUGUCCAAAAUGAAUCUUUUGUACGAUGAGGAUCCUUCAGAUGACGGUCCACCGUCGAAAAGGCAGAGAACUGCUGGAACCAAGAGCGAUGACUUCGAGAACAAACUGACAUUACCCCUCGCUCUUGAGCUCGGCGAAGAAUCUAGAGACCUUGAAAUCAAACUUCUGACAGAAUGUCCCACCGCGUCCAAAUGCGAUAUUGCUCAACCAGCAAAAUGUCUAUGUCGAUGCUGUUAUUAUACCAAAUACGGACAUGUGGUUUUUGUACCGCACGACAGUCAUCACGGUCACGACGAAGGUCCCGAAGACAAAUGCGCAGAUUGCAUUAAUGCUGAAAGCACAGUGAGAGGACAAUAUGCAAUCGAGAUCUCAGACCACUUGCCCCUUGCGCCUGAAGUUCGACAUGAUCUUGCGUGUCAUUUCCGGGUGAUUAGAGAUAUUUUAAGCAAGAUGUUUUCGACCAAGAUCAAAGAGAUGAGGAAAAGAAUGAAUCGAGUAAAGAUCGAAAGUAUGCCUAUCUUACAGGAAGAAACUUCAAUGCUGCAGAAGGAAAUCAAGGCAAUCAAUGGUCAUAUGGGUGAUCUGGAAAGGGAAAUAGAGAGUACAUUCGCUACCGUGAUGAGAACUGGGGAAAACAUAUCAGGAGCAGUGGAUGGUUCGUCGGUGCUGCUGAGAGAAAAUGUGCCGACAAUUGUGCAUCUGCCCAGUGGGGAUGCUCCUAGGGCAGGUUUGUUGGAGGAGGAAAUAAACAGAUUGAAGACUGAAAAUGAGAGAUUGAAGACAAAGAUACAGCUGUUCGAAGAAGUACAGGACAUGACAGAUUUCGAGACCCCAAGUGCUCCCAUAAAAUUCUUUCACCUCAAAAUGAGACUCUGAUUCAUAAUCAAGGGGCUAACCAACCCUUCUCAUUGGGGUAGGAAAAAUAAAAUUAUGACAAACAAAUAUACUUGAUGCUGGCUUGGUAAUAUCCUUGGUAUACACUCGAAGUACUGAGAUGCCCAUGUACAGUUUCAUAUCCUCAUACAAUUGUGAAUGUUCAUUUUCAUUUGAUCUUCAUUCAAGUUCAGGUUAGUUAAACAAGUGAGAAAAGCAUCGA